AUGCGUCAUCUGUGUUUAGUACUGGUUGGGUUAAUUCUGUGGAGCUGUAGCUCUGUGCAUUCAGCUAGAACGAGCAUGAACAGGCAGCAGCCGGAGGUGAGGGAUGAGCCAGCGGGCCCCCGGGAGCAGGCUGGAGCAGAGCAAGCUGGUGAGAGAGAGUCCACAGGGGCUUUAGAGACAGACUUCUUGUCAGAUUUUGCUGGGAAAAAACGUUUGUGGGUGAUCACUGCCCCGUCUCACAGUGAUAACUACUUGCACAUGAUGGAGAAACAGAUCCAAGAGUCAGAGGGGCUGAACUGUCGCUUAGCAGAGAGGGAUACCCUCAUUGUGAUCAUUAUUCAGAAUGCCAUGAUGGAGGGCAAAAUCCAGCACACAACCAUGCAGGGGCGGGCUACAGAGGAAGCCAUGGACUCUGACAUGGUAACCAAGCUGCUCCAUUACUUAGAACUGGAACACCAGACCUUCUCCAUGUUGAUCCUGAAGAAAAACCUGAAGGUGAGUGAGAAGUUUCCUUACCCUGUCCGUGUUGAAGCCAUUCUGGAAGCCAUUGAUCAGCUCCCUAUGCGUAAGCUGGAAAAGGUCACCAGGAAAGGGUCACACCAGAAAUGCAAGAUCACGAAGAAGAGGUUAGUGGUCAAGCAGUCAAGUGCUAACAAAAAAAAAAUCUUUAGUGCCCUGAAGCAGGGAAAUGUUACAUCGAUCUUUCCUCCAAUCCAAACAGCACUUGAUAAAAAGGCAGCCAUCAAAAGUCAAGUUAGAGAUAUCCUCGAUGGACGAUCCAGAUUCAUCAUCCAUAAAACCCCCUCGAGCUCUGGUGGAGGCAUACCUCUGACUGCAGUAAAGUCUGGUAGAAAGGAAGAAGCAAAGCCAAAACUCGACAAUAAUAGAAAGAACACAGAAGGUGGAGGAGACAGGGAAGUAGUGAAAGGGGGGAAUAAGCAUGACUCUGGGUCUAAAGUGGAUAAAGGAGUAGGAAUAAGCUCAGAUGGCUUUACAGCAGAUAAAGAGAUCAAAGGAGAGCAAAUAGUGGAAAGUUCAAAAUCCAAAAAGAAAGGGAAAGGAAAGAAGGAUGGGCAGAAGAAGAAGGGAAAAAGAGGGAAGAAGUCACAAAGUGACAGUAAAAAAAAAGCAGCUCUUAAUGAGUUUACAGACAAACUCAAGGGCAAAAGAAGACUUCUUGUGAUUUCUUCUCCCAGUGAAGUCUCGAGUCAGUAUAUCCAACAGAGAGAUGACAACGAGCUGCAUAGCUGUGCCUUUGCAUUCCGGAAGGUUACUGUGCUGGCUGUUCUGGGUUCAGAUCACAGCACCACACUGCGUCUGCAACACUAUCAGCAAGAUGGAGAUCCUCAGCUGCCCUCAUUGCCCGACAGCUCCAAAAACUCUGACUUGAUCAGUCAAAUACGUAAAGAAUAUGGACUUGUGUCCAAGGAAUUCUCCAUGGUGGUGGCUGACUAUGACAUGAUACCUAAACUUCGGAAGGUGUUUGAUUUACCAACAGCCCCACUGGCUAUCAUAAAUUACAUUGAUAGCUUCCAGUCACGGCAGCUGGAGAAAGAGCAGGAGAAGAAAGGUUCCUCACCCUGUGCUCCAUCCGAAAUAAAUAAUGAGGAAGAGAAUUCACUGCUCAGGUUUAUGUCCAAAAGAAGACUUUUGAUCAUUUCUGCCCCCACAGAGGAAGACUAUCUUCUACAUCAGCAACUUCAAGCUCUUAAUGGACAGGAAUGUCAAAUGGGUAUCCGUCAUUUUGCUUUGCUGAAGCUGGUGGGCAAAGAACCUACAGCUUCUGGGACCCUUGAGCUGUUUCCUCUGAAUGGCAAAAGUCAAUCUGAAAGAGAACCAUUGUCUCAGGAUGUGGUGAAGAGACUGAGGGAUCAGCUUAAGAUCAACAGGGACUACUUCAGUAUGGUAGUGGUGGAGAAGGAUGGAGACCUCAAAGCGUGGUUUCCCUCCCCAGUGUGGUCCAUGGCCAACAUCUAUGAUCUGGUGGACUCCAUGGAAUUGCGCCACGAAGAAAUGCAGCUGCAGCAGGCACUAAGCAUCCACUGCCCAGAAGACAGUGGUGGGGGUGGGGCUGCUAGUUACCAUGGAUACACUGAUGAGACUGACGACAGCUAUCUGUACCAUCGAUCAGAGGACUGA